GGUGGAGGAAGAUGGAGAAUGGGUGCAAGUGCUGUGAUAAGGAAAGCCAGAAGGAGGAUAAGUGAAUUAGAAAGAAAGUGUGUUUACAUGAGAGCCUGAUCAGAUCACGUUAGUGAUAUUUAUAGUUACUGUGUGAUGCUCAGCCUGGUUUAUACACAGACUGCAUGCAGGGAGAGCAUCACCAGGGAGAAGAUGAGAGGGUGAAUGAAUGGGAAAAUCUGGAGCUUCCAUGGUUUGUUUGUGGAAACUGUUACUGUAGAUUUAGUCCGACUGCUCCCUGGUCUCCGUCCGCCCCAUUAACACCUUUAGCAUUCAUGGCCUCCCCAGCUCCGGUUCGGCGCCCUCCCCUCCCCUCUGCCCCGUCCCCACUCUGGCCCUGUCCUGUGGCCACUCUCCUCUCCUCCCACCGUGCACGUACUGCGAAAAUAGCAGCAGAGAGUGUGAGGCUCCUCAGAAGAGAACAGAAACAAACACUGGCCUUGACUCUGACAGUAAACACAAACCCGGGGGGUUUGUCAAAACAUAGAGGUGGAUACAGUGUGGGACAUUCUCUGCUUUGUAGUGAGAGUCUGAGGGACCACCUCUGCCUCUGUCAGUCUCCUGGUCGACUGUGCCGGUGCCUUUCAGCCGGCCGACGUGAGGCGCCGGCCGCGUCAUGGGGAACGAGAGCAGCACCACGGAGGCGGCGCCAGAAGAGGGCGCUCCAGAAAAGGUUGUUCUGUUCCCACCUCAGGACAGUCCAAAUGACUCCAUGCAGGCUGAGGCGUCUGCAGAGACUUUACUUAAGAGAGACAACAAAUCGCUGCUGACUGAGUCCUCGACGGUCCAGCAGAGUCUGCAGUCGGAACCAGUGCCCCCAGACAUCCCAGUUGCCGAGGACAGCGGAGGUGCCGGUGGAGAGCAGGAGGACAAGGAGGAGCUGGAGUUUCCUCAUGACCUGCUGCCCAGCCUCGACUUCAGCAGCGAGCUCGACAUCUGGGAGUCCUCGCUCGGCGGUGCUACUCAGAAGAGCUCAGGUGAGAGGAAACUUGAGCAGAACCCCCUGCUGGGCGGUCUCCAGCAUCACAUGGACGCCAGUCAACCACUGGCUCCCAGUUCAAGGCCUCACACCAGCGACCCAGUUCCCACAAACACCCCGUCCUCACCUCAGCCCACUGCCACACCUCGCCCAGAUGUCCGACCCCCAUCCCCAGCCGCCACCGCGCUCCUGGACUGGGAGCUCAAUGAAGCCUUCCAGGAAUGUGAGGAGCAAAUGGCCUCUCUGGGCAUAUUUAAUCCCUCACGGCCCCCUGGUAACGCGCCUGAGCUGGCGAUUCACGAAGGGAGGCUAGCUGGAGAGGUGAUGGUUAAAUCCAGUGAGUCACCGUCACUGCCUCCAAUCAUAGCACAGCAAGGACAUAGCAACCAGGGCCAUGGAAACAGGAGUACACACGGAAACAGUGAGGCAGCAAACAGUCGGAAGGGGACAGUUGUGUUUAGUUUCAGGGAUUACAUCCUGGGAACUGAGAACAGAGCCUCAGCAGCAGAGACAGACAGUGACGUCAAAACAACACUCUGUCUGGGUAAAUGUCCAGAGAUGAUCCUGGAAAAAGAAACACAGAUAAGCGAGGGGAGGGAAGCACAGUUACAAACAGCUACAAAUGCAGCUGGAGUCCAAGAAGCCCCACAGUGUAGUUCACAUGAGCCGAGAGAGGAUGAAAAGCAACAUGAAGAUUCUAAUGCAAUCACAGAGGAAGCUCAAAGAUAUAAUAUAGCAAUUAGGGAAAAGGAAACAGACAAAACCAGAGAGCCUGUGGACGACAAGAAGGAAAACUGUAAUGAUGAGACCAGUAAUAAGGUUUAUAUGACGCAGUCUGUAAUGAAAGAUGGUUCAGGUACUGAAACACUGGGGAGCAGUCAUCAUCAGGCUGAGGAACUGACGGGAAGAGGUGAACACAAUGAGGAGGCGGACAAAGCCACGAAGAGGAAACACAAAAAGAAACAACGGAAAAAGAAAACAACGGAAGACAGUGAAGCCAGGGCGGUUACGCAACCUGUGAACGAUGAGCUUGUGAGAAGUGUGAGUACUCGCACCGAUACAGACGCCGGGUCGGUGUCGCAGGCUGACGCGACUGUGAUUGGUGCAACGCGAUCUGAAGAUGGGUCCGAUUACGAGCGGCAGCCGAAUCCCGGGGGGAAGCCCUCCUCCACCGACCCGCUGCCCCCCUCUGAUAGCAGGCAGGAUGGUUCCAGUGACCCCCCCCGGUCGCCUGCCUCCACCCGGGCUCCUCCACAGAGGCCUCAUCCGUCAGAGAGCUCAGGCAGCAGCCCACAGCUCCAGCAGCGUGCACCCGGAGCCGUCACCGACGAUCCAAACACAUCAACGACGCCUGCUUUGGAUGCACAAACGCAGGCAGCUUUAGUUUCCACAGAGGCGCCCGUACUCACGCCGGGGAAUCUGAGCCCACUCACCGGCGGCCAAAGUUGUGUGGGAGCGAGAUGCGCGGAGAGCGGCCUUGAAGAGGCUUCAGCUGCGUUGCCACUGACAACACCCACGAUGCCAGGAGCGGUGGAGAGCGAGGGAGAGGGAGAAGGCGCGAGGCGUGAUUCAUGCGAGAGCGUUGCUACAGCGGCGGCUGGAGGCAGUGAGAAAGUGGCAGCAGGAGAGGAGCACUUGGAAGGAAGCGAAAAGUGCCCGGAGAGAGAGGACGGCCUUCGUCCGCUCGCCUUCAUCUGCCCGUCGGCCGACGAGGGGCCGGCCGCGCUCGAGGGAGGCCGCAGCGGCAAAAUGCCACACAACUCAGCGGAGGCUGACGCGAAGGGAGCGAGGGAGGCGUCCAUUUGCAGCGCAGACGCUGAGAUCUCGCCGCCUGAGGAGGGGGACGGAGAGAGGGAGCCGUGCACCGGCGCGUCUCCCCCCGGGCUGCUCGCCGCUCCUGAUUAUCGGCGCGCUGCAGGAUUGCAGGGAGGAGGGGGAGGAGGAGGGAGGCUGGAGGGGAGCGCAGCGCUGGCCACGGAGCACAGUGCGCGCAGCCAGCCACAGGGCUGCGCCGGCGGCGUGUCAUCGGCCGGGACGGAGGCGCGUCCGCCCAUCGGUGCUGCAGAGUCACAGCUGAAGUCACGGGGGCCGACCGCUGCCUUCACCCAGAGUGUGUGUCUGUCUCCAGCCUGCAAGGAGCUUCCACCUCUCCCCACUCAGGCGGAGCCAAGCUCCAGCAGCACCGAUGGACGGGUGAGGAAUGAGCUUAGGUCCAGUUUGAUUUCAGAGGAAGCACUGUCUCCGGGAGCCACUUGUCAGGAGUCAUCGAUAGCAGAGACAGAGAGACACCACGGCCAAGUCGUCCCGUCUUCUACCGCGCCUCAGCCUUUGACUCACUGCGUUCAACAGGUCCAGCCUGGGAUUAGCAGCGCCGAAGCCUCCAGUGCAGCCGGACCCCACGUCCCAACGCGUGACAGGAGUGCAGCUAAGAACAGGGUUCACUUCGAGGACACAGUGAAACGAGGGGACGGUUCCAUGGCGGCGCCAGCGAUGGACUGCGCCUCUCUGCCGCCGCUGACCGUGCACGAAAGUCUGCACCAUCCUGUCGUUGAAGCCAGCUUCGUUUUUCCAGAGUUCCUCAGCCCGAAAAGGUCAGACCUCCCCACGAGUGCGGCCACUGUCAGAGCUGAAGCUGCAGCGCAGAGUCAAAAAGCGUCGGACGGAGACGGUCUGGAGAGUGAAGAUACAAAGGAAAGUGUUAACACACGUGGCGACACGUUGAAAAGCUCUCUGGAUUUACAGCUUGUGACCGAGGGCAGCGCCGAACAGCUUCCAUGUCCUACUGGGAGGGAUCACGCUAAUAAAGACGCCUUUGUCCUUUCACACGCAGAAGGAAAAAGCGUCUCCGAGGCCAAUCAGGUGCUGGCGGAGGUGACGAAGCGAGAGCAAGCGGAACCAGAGGAGCGCGUGACCAGCGAGAAGGAGCUCCAUGUGUUCGAUGCUGAAGCUGAAGGACCGGUGGAGAACCAGCAGCCUGAGGAGUCGCCUCCAGAAGAUGACCAGCAUCCAGCAUCCUCCCAUUCAGCGCUCACAGCUGAUGAAGGCGUGACCUUGACCUCAGGCGCCUCUCUAACAAACUCCAGUGGCAACAGUAGUCCACCUUCUACCAAAUCUGCCCAAAUACCUCCUCGUGGACCAGCUUCUACAGGUUCCACUAACGAAGAGGCUCCAGCCACUAUUCACUUCACUGAUCUGACAAAGGAUGAGUCCGAGGCCUCAGAGGUGACGGUGCCUGACCAGUCAAUUUCUCUUAUCGAGCAACGUGCCAGUAAUCCUGCUGUGCUGCAGCCUCCUGGGCCAAUGUUGAGUCACGUGGACAUCAUCGCUGACCGUAGAGACCUCUCUCCCUCUGAGCAGGUGGAUAUAAGCUCUGCUAAGGGUGACAGCGCUGAGGCCCGUGCAGAGGGGGACAGCAGCAGGAGCAGAGCAACGUCUGAUGUCAGCGCUAAAGCAGACGAGGCGUGUCGGAAAGUGGACGAAGAAAACGAUGCAUCAUUUAAAGACAAAGAGCCGUCUCCUCGAACCCAUGAACCGGCACAGGAUGCGUCUGAUGAUAUCAGCUCUGUUUGUACUGGCAUUGAACCUGUUAUUAGUGAUGUCUCCACUGGAGAUGACCUCGUCCGUGUCAGCGGCCCCCCUGUGCCCACCCACCUGCCUCAUGAUGAAGUGAACAUAGACAACGCGACGGACAGACAUGAAACGGGAGAAGGGGAGUCGUUAGAGGAGGAAACGAAACGCGAUGAGGGGACGACGGCGAAUAAUCAAAAGGAAGCAGCGAACGACGCCAAGCUGCAGUCAGGAAAGGCAGCGGCAGCAGCACAACACAGUAAUGGGCCCGAUAAAGAGGCUGUAGAGGAAACUGGAGCUCUGCAGCCACCACAUGACCAUAAAGAACAAAAGACCGAACUACCAUCGAGGGAAAUGAGGGAGGAGGAGGAAAGGAAGACGGCGUCCCCUGACAAAGCUGCAGGGUCGUCUGAGGACACGCUAAGUGCUGAGGCAGAGUCUGCUCCUGAGUCGCGGACUGUUUAUUACCCGAGUUCGUGCCAGAAUCCGGUUGCAACACUAGAAAGCAGCUCUGACAGGGCACCAGAUUUGAGUUCAGCUCUUGGCCAAUCACGGCCCUCAACAGAUCCAGACAAGGUUUCACAAAUGCAGCAGUGUCCGGAAUGUAGCGGUGGAGAAAGCCGGGCCAGGCAGACCCGAGCGCUUGUUUCAGGGAUUAAAGGGGAAGUGGAAGGACCAGAAUUCAGGGACGAGUCCACUAAUGAGUACAGCAGAAGCAAUGAACGAGUGAUGGAGCCAGAGGAAGGUGAUGGAGAGGGCGCUGUGUCAGGGACCAGCAGGGUCUCUGCUGAGAGGAACCCAACAGCUCACACAGAGAUAGUAACAGCCUUCUCGCAUGUAAGAGAAACUACAGAGGGAACAGAUGAGAAUAAAAGCCUCCGGUCACAAGAGGUCGGGUCGGGCACAGAUUUAUUGCCCGGCGCUGAGACAGGGAGUGAUUCAGGUUGCAAAGGUCAGCAAACGGGCGAAGACCAGCAAAGACCUGAGAUCUCCACACUCACUGGGGUCUGUGAUGAAUCCACAUCACAGCAACGCGGGACUUCACCUCUCGGCAUCUCCGUUCCAUCAGAGGUCAGCGCAGACGGUGGAGGCAUUCAUCUCAGACAACCAGUAGAUGUGGAAAAGGAGUGUGAAAUUCAGGAUACGGUGUGUGAGCCUGUUGAGCUGCAAGCCUCCAAUAAAGCAUCAGCAACACAAAGCAGCCCAGCGUUAGAAAGUCACAUUAAAGGCCCUGAAGUGGAGGAGAUCACAGAGGACGAUAAAGCUGCAUUAAAGGAACACAAGGCAGAAGGCAGCGCUCACCCUGAUGUGUGUCCCACUAACACAACAGAUGAAAUAACCCCUUUGUGCCUGGAAGGUUUGGCAUCGACCGUUCCCGCAGCCUCCGCCCAGUCAGAGCAGCCGGAAGAGCAGGUGUCGGGUUCGAAGCCACUCCAAGGAGUGACUGAACAUGUGCGUGUGAAUAAAGAGCCUUCGGAGUCGUCAGCGGUUCAAACCAACCAAGAGCCAGAAUCAAACUGGGUACAAGCUCUGAGAACAGCUGCGUCCUGUUCUGAACGCGAACAAGUGAAUGCGGUGGAAACGUCCAGACCCCUCCCGUCUCUGGAGUCUCCACAACUAGAGUUUCUGACCACGACUGAGGAGAGAGCGGCUCCUCUGAGACAAGCAGAGGUCCUGCCACUGGAGCGAGCGGCCGAGACCACGACGGAGAUCCUGACCGUAAACCGUGUGACGCAGCCGGUGGAUCUACCCGACGCUUUAAAGACGACCACGCAGAUCCUGGAAGCACCGCAGGAGGUGGCAGAGCUCAACGAACCAACACUGUGCACACAGCAGGAGGUCCCAGAAGAACCCAAAAACCCACCAGCGGGUGAAGAAGAGGCACCUGUGGACCAGCUCCCAGAACCCACAAAGAAGACUGACACCUCAGGAGGAGGAGAGGAGGAGUCACCAUGGUUACCAGAGCCAACUAGUCAUCCCAUCACAGAGGAGCUCCCAGAAGCAAGUGAAGCAGAGGUCCCAGAGCCAGCGCAGACGGAUGAACCAGAACCCGCGGACACAACAGAGCCGCUGGAGUCGGAGGCAGAGCGGAUCAGUGCAGCGGUGGAGCGGUUGGUAGAGAUCCCAGCCCAGGAGCCGGUACCGGUGCCAGCUGAGGAAGCCGCAGUGACAGAGACUCUACAGGACAGCGGGCCCUCGCCCGCUGAGAGGGGGGACUGCGCUCCGGACGCUCCCCCGCAGCCGACCGCCGAGCACGGCCUCCUGCCCCCCGCUCCCCCCCCCCUCCAGCUCAGCGCCGAGUUCCCCACUCCCCCCCCCACACCCCCCGGGAGGCACGCGCCCCAAGACCUCCCGACCCCGCCUGCAUCUCCCUGCCCCUCCCCUCCUCCUCCUCCUCCUCCUCCUCCUCCUCCUCCAGCACCGGCCUCCCAUCCUGCACCUCCUGCUGACCAGUCUGAUGAGCCCUGUCCUCCUCCCGCACCCCACCUCCUUCACCUAAGGAGCUCAGACUCUGAUGGAGCAUUUGAAACCCCUGAAUCCACAACUCCAGUGAAAGCUGUUUCUCCCUCAGAGCAUCAGGGUCUGCAACUGAUACCUGAUGACAAAGUAGAAGACAGCUCAGUCAGUGAUUUUGUCUUUGACCUGACCUCAACUGAGGCACCGUGUCGUUCCCCGUCCUUUGCCUUUGAUGAAAACAAACCCAUUGCAGCCAGUGGCACAUACAACAUUGAACUGUUCUCUGCAGAUUCAAACAGCCACACUCUGACACGUUCCCUCAGCCUCCAGGGAGGUGAGCUAGACAGUUCUGGUUCGUUGGAUGGAACCACAGCGGGAGGCUUUCGUCCACAUUCAGAGUCCUUCAGUGUGGGCACUGAGAGUGCCCCAGGGACCCUCCGUAAACCCAAGAAGGUCCGUCCCGGUUCAGUAAAGAAGAAGCCUCUUCUCAGACAGAACUCCAACCCAGAGAGUCCAAGGCCAGCCUCGUCCAGCAGCACCCCAGAGACCAACAGAAGGACAAAGGCUAGAACUGCUCAGGAGGAAACAGAGGGGGGAGGAUCUGCCACCCCCAGCCCCGGAGGAACCCUCAGAAAGAACAGGAAGAGUCGUGUUGAGACUCCGCCUCCUUUAGUGGAGGAGACAAAUCACAGUGGUCAAGGGGAGAGCCUUGUUGCCCCUGUGCUACCUCUGUGCCAGGAGGAGAGCCCUGUCCUAAGUAGUCCAACCAUUAAAGACGAAUCUCCUAUCCCACCCUGUGGUUCUUACAAAUGGGAUCCAGAUAAUUUUGAAAACAUCAACCCUUUUAAGACUGGAGGUAGUAAAAUCGCCAACUCCCCUGUUCUGGGUCGUAAGGAACCUGUUUGUGCCCGCAUUCCCACCCCUCCAGAUAGUCCCCCUGUCCCUGCAACACAGCUUCCAGCUCCUCUUGCUGAGCCAGUCACUAACCCUGAAGAGCAACCCAUACUCCCUAAUCGCCAGCCAGUAAGACUGGAGUUUGACUAUUCUGAGGAGAGCAGUGAGGCGCCACACCAGGCCUCUCCCCCACCCAAGAAAGUGGGCAAGAAACCCGGUGCCAAAAUGCCUCUGAGGAAACCAAAGCUUGGAGUGAAGAAGGCUCCUCCAGCACCAGUGGAGCAGCUGGACAACGACUUUACAAGGACGCAAAAUGGCAACGAGGAAGAACUCUCUAUCCCUACUGCAGCUUAUAAGUUUGAACCCGACAAGUGGGAAGAUCCAAACUUCAAUCCAUUUACUUCUAAAAAAGGCCUCGCCAAUUCCCCCAAACUGUCUCGUCCAUCUUAUGGCUUCGACGCCGAUAACUUUGAUGAUUCCAUAGACCCUUUUAAGUCCACCAUUAAAAUGACAAACUCCCCUCCUAAGGCAUCUGCUUCCUUCGAUCUGUCCAAUGACUAUGACAAUGAAAACGACAACAUCGGGGAGCUGGAGGAUCAAAAUCAGAACAAACCGGCCAAGAAGAAGAAGACGCCCAUCAAAUCGAAGUCCAAGGGUGUGUCCUCUCUGUGUUGUUUGUUUAAUACUUUCAGAGUGAAGAGGUCACCAAAGAAAUCCCCACUGUCUGAUCAGUCAAAGGAUCCCACAUCCCCGGACGAACCUACCUCCCUCCAUCAGCAAGACGACCACGCCACUGACGAGGAGAAGCUGGCCUCCUCCACCAGUCACAAAUGGGCAGCCCUGCACGACAUGAGUGCAGACCAGAACUCUGACCAGCCGGACUUCCCUCAGCCCAGCGACCUUACAUCCUUUGUAAAUGCGAACAGUCUCUCUCAUCAGACUGAAGUUCAAGACUAUGAAAUUGAGUACAUGGAAAAGAUUGGCUCGUCUUCGCCUCCACACUCUGUGAAGAAGCCAUCUUUAUACCUGAACUUGGACUCAGUAUCUGAGUUAACCAAGAGUACGUGUGCACAUGGAUCUGAACCCAGCUCUCCAUGCACAGGGAGUUUCGAGGAAAUGGAGGCCCAGAUCACAGCAGGCAUGAAGACGCCAGUGCUGAGCCCCCGGCCUGGACCCGAAGGCCCGGCCGGAGACAAGGGCAGGAAGCGGGAAAGUGAAUCACUCAGCCGGACGCAGAGCUCAGAGAGGGACGAGCAGCCCCCUGGCCAGGGACCCGUGGAGGCCCCUGCUCCUGCCCUGGCCAUUCCCCAGUUAGACAGGCUGUCUGAGUGUGACGACCCCCUGCAGUACAUGGAGCCUGACCUGGCAGAGACCAACCCCACUGCAUUCGCCCAAAAGCUACAGGAGGAGUUGGUGCUUGCUGCCCUGAGGAUAGAAGCUCUGCAGGUAGCAAAAAGCAUCUCUCAGUGUCCCUCCCUCUCCAAUGUAACCCCCCAGCACAGAGAUGUGUUAUCACCAGUGGAGACCGUCAUGUCCAAGAACUCACUGUACACCAGGAGCACUGCCACCGCCUACAUCGAAGGGGAAAGCCCCCACCUGCCUGCGGAUCUGGACCACUCUCUGGGAAUAGCACGUGAGGAGAUUGUGACAAAGGAGAAAGAAGUGCUGGAAUGGCAGAAGAAGUACGAAGACAGUCGACAGGAAGUGGUGGAGAUGAGGAGGAUUGUUGCUGAGUACGAGAAGACCAUUGCACAGAUGAUCGAGGACGAUCAGAAGGAAAAGUCUUUGUCCCACCACACCAUCCAGCAGCUGAUCAUGGAGAAGGACCAGGCCUUGGCAGACCUCAACUCCGUGGAGAAGUCCCUGGCUGACCUCUUCCGACGAUAUGAGAAAAUGAAAGAUGUGCUGGAGGGCUUCCGCAAGAAUGAAGACGUUCUGAAGAAGUGCGCUCAGGAGUAUCUGUCCAGGGUCCGAAAGGAGGAGCAGCGCUACCAAGCCCUGAAAAUUCACGCGGAGGAGAAACUAGACAAGGCCAAUGCAGACAUUGCUCAGGUGAGAGCGAAGGCCAAGCAGGAGCAGGCCGCCUACCAGGCCAGUCUCAGGAAGGAGCAGAUGAAGGUGGACUCUCUGGAGCGCACUCUGGAGCAAAAGAACAAAGAAAUCGAGGAGCUGACAAAGAUCUGCGAUGAGCUGAUUUCCAAGAUGGGGAAGAGUUAGCAGCCACACAACAGCAAUGCCAAAUGUCACGAAGCAAGUGGGGACUCCACUUAUUAACGAAGCAGUAACGUUUACCACUGUUCCAGGGACUGAUGGACGUCUGAGGCCAAAGUGGAUCCGCCCACUGCAGGACCCACGGGGACCGCUUCUUCCUAUUCACUCUUAAUCACUCUUUUCGAUGUGUCGGUGUAUCGUUCUGCAUCAGGGGUCAAGUUUCACCAUAUCACUAUUGAGAGUGUGUGUGUGCGUGUGUGCCUGAGUGUGUGUUUGAUAACGACAAGGUGUGAGCUUUGUUUGGGGGUUAAGUUAUCUGUAAUGAUUUCGCCAUGACAGCCACUGAGGGACAAGACUGUUUACCCACUCCUGUUGUCGUCUCCUCUGAAUACAAAGACAAAGAAGCAGAGACUUAGACCCGUCGGAUAAAAUGUUGAUACACAAUAGCGUACUGCAUGUCAGACACAAACAUACACUUGUAUUGUUCAUUUUUGUACAUACUGUAGCGAAUUCCGGGUCUCUGCGCUUUUAUAGUUCUAUUAGUUCUUCUGUCCGCUUCCCUCAUGUAACCUUGUAGAUAUUUGUCAUACCUGUCAUAGCUUCUCGAUGAAAUCGUGGGACUUUAUUUUUUUGGAUUUUAUUUUGAUAUAAAGCAAAGUAAUCGUGACUGUAUUUAGUAGUGACCAAGAGUAAUUUUAAUUUUGGAUGGAUGUCCUAGUCCUGCUAUGGAAUAAUGUGGCACAGCUACUGUACAGCAUCUGCUUACAAAGUGCAAUAAAAGAUGGCAAUACAG